AUGAAGAGUUUCAAAGCGUUUUUAGUUAUUUUAAUCGUUCAAACAACAACUGCUACACAAUCGGAUAUUCGCAGGAGCUUACGGAUCGAGAGAAGUGUAGCUGAUGUCGUAGACAAGAUUAGUAAAGCUGUGGAUGAUUUUGUUGGUAAUGUCACAACUACUACGAGAGCCCCUACUGAUACGAGCGAUAUAGAUCGUAAGUUCAGACAGAAAAAUGAAGAACUUCUACGAAAGUAUAACGAUGGAUUAAUAACGCAAGAGUAUUUGAACAUGGAGAUUAACUUGAAUCGGUAUGAAUACCAACAGGCACGUAACGACAGAUUGACUGGGCGAACAGGAAACGACUGGCUCACUGUCAAUACUGAGGAAGUAUCUGAUUUGGGCAGAUGA